AUGGCUCCUCCACUUCGAAAUGUUGUCCUCAUCGGAGCAUCCGGUGACAUUGGCCGAAUAAUCCUCGACUCCCUUGUUGAAUCCGGACUAUUCAGCAUCACCGUCCUCACACUAGGCUUGAAAAAUGCCACAUUCCCUCCAACCGUUAAUGUUCGCAAGAGUGAUCUUUCAGACAGUGAGCUCGAAUCCGCUUUUAGGGGUCAAGAUGUCGUUAUUUCUGUGGUGGGCAUGUCGGCGUUGCUGGACCAGAAGAGAUACAUUGAUAUAGCCGUACGAGUUGGAGUGAAGCAUUUUCUUCCGUCUGAAUUUGGUGCAAAUGCGUCGAAUGAUGUUGUUCUUGAAUUACUUUCUAUUUUUCAAGGAAAGAGAGAAGUGCAGGAGUAUCUGAAAACGAAAGAGUCGAAGAAUUUCAGGUGGACGGCACUUGGGACAUCGAUUCUACUCGAUUGGUCACUUGCGAACGGAAUCUGCGGAUACGACAUCGACUCCCGUACAGCUACGAUAUGGGACGACGGCAACAAACCCUUCGCCAUGAUCACAGCCAAACAAAUGGGACAAGCAGUGAUUUCCGUCCUUCGACAUCCAGAUAGGGCUGCUAACCAGUAUCUUCUCGUCGCUUCGGUAGUUACAACACAGAACGAGAUUCUCUCCUCUUUGGAAAGAGCGACGGCUAGCAAGUGGACGGUCAUAUAUACAAGUACAGAAGAGAAAUUGCGUGAAGCCACCGACAGGAUCAACAAAGGCGACUUUGGUGGUUUUUAUACCAUGGGAACAGCUAGCAUGUACGCGGUCAAAGAGGGGUUAGGAUCUGAUUACACAAAGGAGGAGAAGUUUGCCAAUGGCUUGUUGGAAUUGAAGAUGGAGAGAUUGGAGGAUAUUGUCAAUGAGGCGGUACGCUUGAAAAUGAUCAAGCAAGAAUAA